CCUUUGCUGAAAAUUGCAGAACUUCAGAACAAGACCUAGACACAGCUUCCAGUAGAGGGCUCUAGUGUCUGGGAAGUAACUGAACAAGAAAAGUACAAUCAAACUCAGGUGCUGGUCCUCUGAAGAACAUCUCUGCAAUUUUAAGAAAAUCAUUCCAUAAGUUAUCAGAGCGCCAAGAGUGUCAAAGAGUAAAGAAAUAAUGCUUUCUGUAAAGAGCAUCAAUUUCCUCAAAAAGCCGAAUGAAGCCAACAGACUCUCUCAUCACACAGAAAAGUAUGUCACCGAAGACCUGCCUGUCCGCAGAGGGAACAACUUUCAGAUAAAAAUAGAGUGUAAUCUAUCCUUUGAUGUAAAGACAGACCAUUUCCAGCUGGAAUUUGUCCAUGAAAGCAAAAAUCCUGCAUUGAAAACAGAACGUCCCAUUGUUGUUUAUAUAAAAGAGCAGCUUGAUAAAAAAAACUGGGGUGCGAUGGUUGUGGGUUCAUCUGGAAACUAUGUGACACUUUCUGUUUAUUCCCCACCCAAUGCUCCCAUUGGAAAAUUUAUACUGAGAGUAAAAUCAAAACGGUCUCCAGGAGACUUCUCAACUUAUUCUGACCCUAAAACUCAUAUUUGUAUUCUUUUCAAUCCCUGGUGUCCAGAUGACACUGUCUUCAUGAACAAUGAGCAAUGGCGACAGGAAUACGUGCUGAAUGAGUUCGGAAUAAUAUAUCGUGGAUCAGUUAAUCAGAAUAGUAGCAUGAAAUGGAGUUACGCUCAGUUCGCAAAGUCCAUUAUGGAUGCCUGUUAUUACACUGUUGAUAGAGCAGGCCUAACUCUCUCUGAACGUAAAGAUCCUGUUGUUGUAGCACGGAAAAUGUCUGCUAUGGUAAAUGCAUUAGAUGAUGAAGGGAUUUUAGUCGGAAACUGGUCCUCUGACUACAGCGGUGGGACUCCCCCCACUCUCUGGAUUGGGAGUGAAGCGAUCCUUCUCCAGUACUAUAAGACUGGGCGUCCUGUCAGAUAUGCGCAGUGCUGGGUCUUUGCAGCUGUUGUUACCACAAUACUUCGUAGUCUGGGAAUACUAUGUCGCACAAUCACGAACUUUCCAUCAGCCCAUGACACAGAGAAGAAUCUGACAAUCGAUGUGUAUCUGGAUGAGGAGUUUAAGCCUCUAUCAGAAAUGAACAACGACAGCAUAUGGAACUUCCAUGUCUGGAAUGAAAUUUGGAUAUGUAGACCUGACCUGCCUGCUGGGUUUAACGAGUGGCAGGCAAUUGACGCAACUCCCCAGGAAAAAAGUGAUGGUAUCUAUUGCUGUGGUCCAGCUCCUGUGAAAGCAAUCAAGGAAGGCAAGAUUGAUAUACUUUAUGACUCAGAUUUUAUCUGUUCUGAGGUAAACAUUGACAAGGUUUACAAACAAAAGCAGAAAAAUGGAACAUUUUCAUCAGUAUACGUCGAACGCAAUGUGGCUGGAAUUAAGAUCCUCACUAAAGCUGUUGGCUCUAAUGGCACACAAGACCUUACUAACCAAUAUAAGUACCCUAAAGAUUCUAAAGAAGGAAUGUCUGCAAUUGCAAGUGCCACCCACAGAUUGGUACAACCCAGACCGGCCACUGAAAGUACCAUACCAAACAGUGUGGAGAUCACAGCAUGUACAGAUGGCACUACAGAUAUUGGAUCCCCUAUUUCAUUCCACGUCAAACUCCAUAACAAAAGUCAGGAGCAGUACACUGGGAUACUGCACAUCCAUGCAUCUAUGAUGCAGUACAAUGGAGCAAUACAAGACCCCUUCAGGAUAGAUGAGAACAAGGAAGUUGUCUUGGAGGCUUCACAAGAAACAGACAUAGAAAUGGCGAUUGAAUAUGAAGAGUACCGCGAUUACCUGACGGAGCAGGCCUGCAUGAUGUUUACUGUUGGUGGACAAGUCUUAGAGACCAGGCAACCUCUUGUCCUCCAGAGCACCCUUAGUCUUCGCAAGCCUGGACUAGUAAUCAAAACCGUUGGUGUGGUAGCUGUGGGAAAAGAAUCAAAAGCUGAAUUUAUCUUCAAGAAUAAUUUUCCAUUCUGUCUUACUGAUGUCCUCAUAAGAAUCGCUGGUCCAGGACUAUUUCUACCCAUUGUGCUAAAUGUUGGAACUAUUGGCGAGGAGUCAAACAGUGUGACUGGGUAUACGUUCAUCCCAACACAAGCUGGGCCACGGAAGCUGCUUGCUAGUCUACACAGCAAUGAACUUACAGAUGUGACAGGAUCUGUUGAUAUUGAUGUUGUACCAUAGAUGUACUUAACGUUUAACUCUCACUUAACAGUCCUUCUUAUGAUGAUCUGUAAAUGAAAGUUGUAAUUUUUUAUUUUAGGUCUUAAAUAAUGCAAUUUCUACCAAAUACUGUCUUUUUAAAAUGUAUUGUCUUUUUUAUUCAUUGUUUUGAGGUUUCCUGCUGUACUGUGAUUAUUUUUCAGAAGCGUUUUAUUUUGAAAUAAAUAAAAUAAACUCAUUUAAUAAG